AUGGCUGCUAUUGAGAGCUUCGACCACAUCUACCUGGACCUGUCCAAGGAGCCGGGCAAGUGCAGGUUCGCUGAGAAUGGCCUGGGCUGGAAGCCUGUUGGCGGCGGCGAGACCUUCACUCUCGAUGUGAGCAACAUAGGUGGCGCCCAAUGGAGCAGGGCCGCCAGGGGAUAUGAAGUCAAGAUCCUCCAGCGGACGUCGGGCGUCAUCCAGCUGGAUGGCUUCCAACAAGAGGACUACGAGCGGCUCGCCAAAAUCUUCAAGAACUGGUACAGCACCAACCUGGAGAAUAAGGAACACUCGUUGCGCGGCUGGAACUGGGGCAAGGCAGAGUUUGGCAAGGCCGAGCUCACCUUCAACGUGCAGAACCGUCCCGCCUUCGAAAUCCCCUACUCCGAGAUUGCCAACACUAACCUGGCUGGUCGCAAUGAGAUCGCCGUCGAAUUUGCCCCGGGCGACCACGGCAAGAGCUCCCAGAAUGGACAGGUGAAGAGCAAGAAGGCCUCCGCGUCCAGGGACCAACUCGUCGAGAUCCGGUUCUACAUCCCCGGCACGACGACGCGUAAGGAGGCCGAGGGCGGUGAGGCAGGCAGCGAUGCCGACGAGGAGGAAAAAAAUGCCGUUACCCUGUUCUAUGAUACGCUCAUUGAGAAGGCGGAGAUCGGCGAGACGGCUGGCGAUACUAUCGCCACCUUCCUGGAUGUCUUGCAUCUCACACCAAGAGGUCGGUUCGAUAUCGACAUGUACGACACAUCCUUCCGCCUGCGUGGCAAGACAUACGACUACAAGAUCCAGUACGAAGCUAUCAAGAAGUUUAUGGUCCUUCCGAAGCCCGACGACCUGCACUUCAUGCUCUGCAUUGGCCUGGAUCCCCCACUCCGCCAAGGUCAGACCAGGUAUCCCUUUAUCGUCAUGCAGUUCAAGCAGGACGAGGAGGUUACCCUGGACCUCAAUCUGUCCGAGGAGGAGCUCAAUGGGAAGUACAAGGACAGACUGCAGGCCCAUUACGAGCAACCCGCCCACCAGGUUGUCACGUACAUCUUCAAAGGUCUUGCCAACAAGAAGGUUACGGCUCCGGCCAAGGAUUUCACAACCCACCGUGGCCACUACGGCAUCAAGUGCUCGAUCAAGGCCAGCGAAGGCUUCCUCUACUGCUUGGAGAAGGCCUUCAUGUUUGUGCCCAAGCCUGCGACAUACAUCUCGUAUGAGCAGACACAGUCGGUCACGUUCUCGCGUGUGGGUGGUGCCGUCUCGACGCUGUCGACGUUCGAUAUCACCGUGCACAUGAAGAACGGCCAGGGCUCCUCGCAGUUCAGCAACAUUAACCGUGAAGAACUGAAGGCGUUGGAGGACUUCUUCAAACUGAAGGGCCUGAAGGUUAAGAAUGAGAUCGACGAGGACGCUAAUCUUCUGGCGGCUGCACUGCGCGACGACGACAUGGCCAGCUCGGAUGAGGAUGUCGUUGGAGGUAAGGCCGACCGCGGCUCGGCUGAUGAGGACGAAGAGAGCGUCGACGAGGACUUCCAAGCCGAGUCGGAGAGUGAAGUCGCUGAGGAGUAUGACAGCCAGCAUGAGAGCAGUGGGUCUGGCAGUGAUGAGGAUGAUGAUGACUUGGAUGACGAUGUGGUGGACGACGAUGAGGAUGAGGAAGAGGAGGAGGAGGAGGAGGAGGAGGAGGAGGAGGAGAGGCCCAAGAAGAAGAAGAAGACCGGCUGA